GGUGUUCUGUUUGUUAAAAGUUCUGAUUCUUAAUCAUCAGAGCAUUCUACAAAAUCCACGUACCAAUAGGUGUGUUAUCUGUCGGCUGUCCCUGCACAUACAGCACACAGUUUACCUUCUGAUAUCGCACAUUGCGAACGUACCAAGAAUUUACUAGAAAAUUUAUUAGUUUUUCACAUCUAGAUAUUAAUAAUCUUUCAAGAUGGGGUGUGGUGAAUUCCUAGUUAAAUACAUAUUGUUUUUCGCCAACUUAUUCUUUGCGUUGGCUGGCCUCACACUGCUGGUUCUAGGUGUCGUGGUCCAGUUAAGGAUCACGGACUUAUCAAACUUAGCCGAUGGUCAGGUGCAGAUCGCGCCCAUCUCGUCGAUGGUGGUGGGCGGGAUAGUUUUCCUCAUCGCAUUCUUCGGCUGCUGCGGUGCCAUCAGGGAGAGUAACUGCAUGCUGGUUACUUAUGCGAUCUUCAUGUUGAUACUAAUGGUGGUGAAAAUAGCGUUGGCCACUGUCAUCUUCGUGAGUCUCGACAGCUUGCUGGGACAAAUUCCUGACUGGCUCACACAAUCGUUCAAGACGGACCAGCAGGCAUUCCACGCUCUUGAAAAUACGUUCCGUUGUUGCGGUCCGACCGGUGCUGGCUCGUAUAUGGACCUGGUGUUGCCGAAUUCGUGCUGCGACACUCCGCCGUGUGUCCCCCUUGUGAACGCAUACAGCGGCUGCGACACCAUAGUGAAGGAAUUCUUGCGCACCUUCGGCCUCAUAAUCGGCAUCAUCGCUAUCGCCGUGGGCGCUAUUCAGUUGGUGGCAGCCGUGUUCGCUCUGUGCCUGGCCAACCACGCUCGCAACAAGUACAGGAGGUCGACCUAUUGAACUCGCGUCUCCUACUACGUGUUACGAAGAGCUACGGCCGUUACCAAUGCUACAGACAAUAAUAUCGACCGUUCAUAGAAAUUUAUUACUAGGGCAGGCGAAAAAAAUGAUAAUUAUAGGUUCAGUGUCUUUUACCU